CCAUGGGCACCAAGCAGACCAAGGGCUGCCAGCCGGGCAGCGCCGGGGAGAGCCCCCCGGGCCACCACCGCAAGAAGGUGGCCCCCAGGGAAAGGGGAGAUUUCCUGGCUUCCCUCGUGGCCAAGUCCGGCGAGAAGUUCGGGAAGGGCGCUGGCCCCGGCUUGCCCCCGUACCACCGGCGGAUCUGCAUGAUCCAGGACAUGCUGCUGCUGGUCAAGCAGGGCAAGCAGGAGGAGGCCACCGAGCUGCUCAAGAACCUGCGGCAGGAUUUAGGGAUGGAGUCGACCUCUCUGGAUGAUGUUCUCUAUCGUUACGCCAGCUUCCGAAACCUGGUGGAUCCCAUCACCCACGACCUGAUCAUCAGCCUGGCGAGAUACAUCCACUGCCCCAAACCGGAAGGGGACUCCCUGGGAGCCAUGGAGAAGCUCUGCAGGCAGCUCACUUACCACCUGAGCCCCCACUCGCAGUGGAGACGCCAGGGCAUCAUGAAGAGGAAGCCGCAGUCCUGCUUGAAGGCCGUGCUGAUGGGGAAGCCCCAGGACAACACCGUGGACUUGUCUGGCAUCCCUCUGACCCUGAAGGACCUGGAGAGGGUCACGUCCUACCUGGAGCACAGCUCGGAGCACAUCGACACGGUGGAGCUGUGCUUCACCGAGCUGACGGACGAGAUGCUGCUGCAGCUGCUGCCCGCGCUCUGCGGCCUGCCCCGCCUCACCACGCUGGCCCUCAACGGCAACCGCCUCACCAAGGCCAUCCUGAGGGACCUCACCGAGACCCUCAAGGACCCCAAGAAGUUCCCCAGCGUCACCUGGAUCGACCUGGGCAACAACGUGGAUAUUUUCUCGCUGCCCCAACCCUUCCUGGUCAGCCUGAAGAGGCGCUGCCCCAAGCAGGGCAAUUUGCCGACCAUCCUGGAGUUCGGGGAGGGCCAGGUCAGUGAUCUGGAGGGGCAGGAGGGGCUGGGGGACAGCCAGGAGGACCUGAGGGCUGGGCCAGGCCAGGCUGGCAGCACGGACUCGGAGCAGACGGACAGAACAGCCAGGGCUGGGGAGCUCCCUGCUGCCACACCACAGACAUGAUGUCCAGCCCUCGGGUGGGCACCUUGAGCAAGGAUGACUUAAAACCUCCGAGUUGGGGGGGUCUGUUCCCGCUCCUGGAUGCUCCAGGAGUCCCAGCCGCUGCCUUCCCCCUGUGCCACGAGUGUCAGAGAUUUUCUUCUCGAAGAACACAUAAAAGUGAUCACGUAGAGUGUUUGUAUUUUCUAAAAGCUGGCCAGGUGUUUUGAAGCAUUAGUGGUGUGCUGUGCUUUUGGCUCUCUCAGAAAUGCAUCUCCAAGGGGCUGCAAAACCUCAGAAGGGCAAGAAAAGGGAGCAGGGAUGUGCCCAGGCUGUGCAGGGAAGGGCUCUCUUUCCUCAGUGCUGGAUUUCAGCUGCUCUGAUGGACAGACAGCAGCCACCCCAAGGGGACCUGCCUGGGAUAAACCUUCAAUCCUUCCCACUCCUGACUUCAGGAAUCACUGGUGAGAGGCGUGGCUGCCGAGACACAACAAAAAUCUGCUCACACACAAAGCAGGGGUCAAAAAUCUGCUCACACAUUAACCAGGGGUGCUCCUCUCAAUAUUGUGAGCCCAGCCCAGAGGGGAGAGCUUUGUUUUCCUGAGGCAGGGUUAAAUCCCAGCCUGCACAGUGCCUGGACAACAAACACCCUCACCCUCCAGCCUUACCAAACCCAGGCUGGCACCUGUGCCUGCCCAGGAUUUAUUCAGUAAAACCCAGCUGUAAAAACUCCUGAGCUUUUAAUGGGAGCAUCUGAUCCAUUCUGGGAGAGACACACAGGAGGCUCAGGAGCAUCACUGACAAAAAGAGACCAUGGUACUGAAGGAUUAAAAGAGGUAAAACAAAGCUGGGGUUCAUCUCCUCUCUCACUGCCACACAGCCAGCUGGGAUUUAGAGCCUCAGAAAGCCUUGGGGUCACUUGGCCGUGGCUGUUGCCCCCUGGACCAGAAGUGCUUCAUUUCUAAAAUGUUCCAGGUGUUUCUAAGACAGGGGUUUGGGUUUAUUGCAUUUUCCAUGGGAAAUGGAUCACCCCAGAGCAGCAGUGCUGGAAAGUGCACUUUGGCUUUUUGGAGCCAGAAUUUCAUUGGAUCCCAAACCUGGGGGAGGGCAGGAAAGUGGGAAAAGCUUCCUCUCCUUCGUGUUCCAAGGAGCAGACCUGACUCCCUUUGCAGAGGGAGCCUCUUUCUGUCCCUUCCCCUGAGCAGCUCCCAGCAGUGGCUCCAGCUUGGCUUUUUUUUGGGUGCAAACAGACUUUUGGUCCCAUUGGCUCUGUCCAUUUUUCCAGAGGGGCUUCAGGCUGCCAGUGAUUGUUUGUCCUCCAUUUGCAAGAAGGUAACUUAGAAAAAACUCUGCUACUUUUAAUACAUUUGGCAACACUCAGUAUGAUUUGCAUGUAUCCAAGCCUUUUUCUUUUCCUUAUUGUUUUUUUGUUUUGUUUUAAUUCUAACUCUUUCCAACAGGCAUGAAAAAAAAAACAGAAAAAAACUUUCCAGUGAAUAUGGAAUAUUUCUGUUUGAAAUAAAGGAGCUAUCCAUAAGCAAAAUAAAUGAUAAUGUUUAAUAAAGA